GCUGGCUGAGACUGUUUUUGUUUAAUUAUUUAUAUUUAUUGUUGUUUGUUUAAAUAAUGUCCAAAAGGUAUAAUAAUAAUUAUCAUGAAUUAAAUAAUAGUAAAAAACCAAAAUUAGACGAAGACGAAGAAUGGGAAGGCGAGGAAAUAGACGAGGAAGCCCUAAACAAAUGUUUCGAUAAUGCUACUCAAGCUGUACAAGAACAAUCCCUAAACCAAAGCAUCUUGCCAUCUUACCAUGCCUUCAUAAAACCUACCUCGUUUGCUUCUUCAACUCAAGCUGUCAAUAACACGCAAAUAAAAGAAAAAGAACUAGAACUUGUAAUAGCCAAACUCAAACAACUAAACGCAGAAAAGGAUGGCGAAAUUAGUAUCCUACGAUCUAAAAUCAAAGACAAUACAGUCACCCAUCAAGUGGAACAACAAAAAACUACAAGCGAAUGGAGGGAAAAAUACCAGAGCGCUUCCAAAGAAGUCAAAACUGUUAGGAGCGAUUUGGACUUCAAAAAUUUAGAAAUAGCCAACUUGAAACAACAAUUGGCCAAUCAGAGGAGGAUAAAUUUGGAUGCUACUGUGAAUAGUCAAUUAGUUUUAGCACCAAAACCACUACCAAAACAUCUAGAAAGAAAUCUUAAUACAAAAGAUAGACCACAAUCAAAUAAUAGUAUUAAGGAACCUAUUUUAGAUCUGAUCACCCCUUUGAAAUGCCUAUCCACAAUAAAUUUCGCAGACAAUGAUGUGGAAAGCCACCUGAUAAAAAACACUAAAAAAUUUUACAAACUAAGCAGAAUCACUAUACCCUACCUACAAAACCAAGAAACUUGCAAUGAAAUCAAUUUCCAUCACAAAUGUCCUCAAAUAGACAAAAAACCCAUAACAAUAGAAGAUGUUUAUUCUGAUAUUUUAACUUUGGCCAAUAGUAGAGUUGAUAAACUUAAUAUUGAAUCAAUAGAUAAAAUAAUAGCAGUAGGAUUGAUAUUGCUAAAAGAUUUGAAUGACUAUUUAAUGGAAUAUGGUUCAAACUUAAAAACCGAGGACAUACAACAAGCUGAUACUGAUUAUUUGGAAGGAAUUGAAUCUGACGAUUUUAAAUUGGGAAUUCAAGCUGGUAAACUUUUGAAGAUCAUUGCUCAAUUGAUUUUGUGCAAUGAGCAUACUGCUGAUUUCAUUUGCUAUGAUAAAUUGUUGAAACUGCCCCCUCAUUUAAGGGAGUACGCUUUAUUGAUUCCACAUAGAAAUGGUGCCGUACAAAAUGAUUAUUAUUGUUUGAGAUUAGUGUUGACUAUAGUGGAAAAUAUUGGGAAAUAUAGAUUGACCAGGCAAACAAACGAUUUUCUGAUAGCUGUUACAAUUUUAUUAAAAAAUAUUGCCUUAAUGUUAAAAGGAUACUCUACUACUAGCAAGCCCAUCAAUGAUGCAUUAUUUUGUAAAUUAUUCAAAGAAUUAGUCUUUACAAGACCUGGGGACAAAAUGAUAGAGCAAAUAACAUUCCUUCUGAAAAAUUGCUCUCAAUAUAAAGCAUUUAUAGAUUAUUUAUUCAAAAGUGAUCCUAGCAAAGAACCACUAAUGGUUCGAUCUAAGGCCAAAACUGUUUUACUUUUCAAUAAAAAUGCUUGUUGUAUGUGUGUAUUGGCAUGCCAGUUGAAAAACUACAUAAUAAAAAUUGAAAAUUUGCCUUUGGACGUUUGUUAUAACAUGUUGAGUUUUAUGUAUAAUAUUGUUAAAAAGUCGCACUGGAUACAUUACGAGAAUACUGAUAACGUUUGUUCGUGUUUGUUGCAACUAUACAGGCUGCAAAUUCAAUUUCUCUAUAAAGGAUUGACCAACUUCAAAGAACGGAAAAAUACUGAAACUUUAGAUGAAUGGAAGACUUUUUUCGAAGACCAACUAAUCCAAAAAGUACUGAACCAAAUAAACUUCAUUAGUUACGAACUUAUUUUGAAAAAACCUUCGGUACUAGCACAGUACAAGGAAAUCGAAAGAUAUUUAAUAAACCAAGGAAAAUUUGAUCUUGUUCAACUAAAUAUCAGUGAAACAGUAUCACCUGAAACCAUAAGAAAUGAAGAUUUUUGAUUUCAGAUAACUGAAAUUUUAGAUAUUUGUCACACUUUUCUAGUAGAAACAAUUAGAUUAAUGCUGAACAAAACGUAAAUCCUUAAAUUAUAAACUCUAUAGGGUUGAAUGCCAUUUCUAACGGCUAUCACAGCUGGAACUGCCUUGACUUCAAAAGUAUGCACUAGUUCUGCGUGAUUUUCUACAUCUACUAUUGCCAAAUCAAUAUUGGUCAUCGGUUCAAUCAGUUCUUUCAUUUUGGGCGUCAAGAUAUGGCAGGGUUCACACCAUUCAGCAUGGAAGUUAACAAUCACUGGAUUUUCAGAGUUCAUGACCUUUGAAAGGAAUUCAUCAUUACCUAGAAAAAUGCUUAUAUUUUUACAAUAAAAUAUUUAAACAAUUACCUUUGAUAUUAAUAAUCCUAUUUGUUAUGUUUGAAGUAAAUAUUUUUCUGGCACAAUUUAACAGUAGUGGAUGUCUUGUGAGUAGCAUUAUUAGAACGUUUUGAUGGGUUUCGGUCUGAUUGGUUCGAUGCAAUGGGCAAUGAAAAAUAUUGAUAGUCCGACCAAAGCGCUUACAACUAGGAAAGUGAGUAUUGCGGUUUUGUAGAUUAUAAUGUAGUCUUUUUC